GCAGGAAAUGACAAGGAGGCCUGCUCAAGCGAGAAACCGACAAAUAAUCACACAUAGUACCAACUAUUUGACAUUUAACUUGUUUUAGUUGGUUCCAUCUCUUCACUCAAUUCAGAGUUCAUCAGAACCAUGCUGCACAUUUUCAUCACCGUCACGUUGUGUUUGAAAGUUUAUCUAGGAGACUGCGCCAUGUUGCACCAAACACCGGCUCACCAGUUUGCUGCGGCUGGAGACACCGUGCAGACUUUCUGUUCUUGUUCUUACUUGGAUAUGCUGCGCUGGUUCGUGAAGAAGGACAGCGAAAUGAUCGCUCUGAACACCAGCUGCAAGGCAGGUCCUGGGUGCAGGAUCAAUACGAGUCGAGCGAGCAAUGGGGACUGCGCGCUGACUAUCCGGGACGUGCAGCCCGUCGACUCCGGGGUGUAUUACUGUGCAGAAUACAGUUCUUUCGCCAUGACCAUCUCCAACGGAUCCUUACUGAUCGUCAAAGACAAUUCCAUACAAAAUACUACAGUAACGGUCCUGGCCCCCGCUGUCUCCGGCAGCGCUCUCGAUUCCAAGGGGACGGUGACAUUAGUGUGUCUGGUCCGGGGUCUCUCCUCGCCCGCACUCUGGGUCCAGUGGUUCAUCUCUGGUAACCUCACAAAGUCAGGCGCUCCAAGCUCCUGGACCGAAGGGAAGAAGGGUGGAAACGGAGAGAGCCACAGCGCCACAAGCAGGCUGACAAUCCCGGUGGAGACGUGGCGGAGCGGGGCGGUGUGCGCAUGUGGAGCGCAACUGAACUCGAACACCGUCAUCCUCAGCAGGAAUAUCUCAUACACAGGUGGACUGGAACCGAAAUAUGCACGAUGCCUGGUUCACUACAGUGUCCUGGGGGGCUGUGGUAUUGUGCUGGUCUGUGUCCUCAUUGGCAGUCUUACCUGGGCUCGUUCCUGGAGCAAGGAAGCCCGGCCACAGAGCACUGAGACCAGCAGACCCGAGGACUGGGAGAGAGCCAAGGAGGAUCUGGUCACCUAUGCGCGUUUGGAAUUCACACCCCAGAAAAAACUGCGAAGAAAGAGGCCGGCAUAGCAGGCGAUAUUCCAGAUCAACAAUUCUGCACUGGAGAAGCAGCACCGCUGCAAGCUACACGAGGGGGGCGGGGCUAACACGCAUUCCACAGAAAACCAAGCGAAACAUUUCAGAUAAAAAUAUGCAUAAACUUUUAUUUAUGAUUUAGCGCCAUCUGAUUACAUCGGAUAGGAGAUGAAACCAUUUUCUAAAUAUGACGUAAUGUUGUUUUCUGAAUAAAUGCAGUGAUAUAUGUUUGUUAUUAUUCUAUGUGCUGUCUUUCAUAUUAUUUUGUACAAUAUUUGAAUAAACGUUUACUGAAAUAUGCUUUUAGUAUUGAUACAGCUAUAGAAUAAAUGUUACAUUUAAAGAAAGAUGCCAGUAUAAAAAUCGUUUGCUACAAUGACGCUUUUGCCUUUGUAUUGUAUUUGUAUAUUUUCUUUAAGUGCCAGUAAUAGAGAAUACCUCCUCUCACCAAGCAGCGGCGCAGCUGUGCUUUCAGCAAGAGCCCAGGCUUCCCACCAGCUCGGAAGAUACGGGUUCUUGCUUAUAUUUAUACAGAUAUUACUGUCGAUGUGCGGACAAAAUUUGAGAAAACGUCCCGACAAAGAUAGUAACUCCUGAAACAACGAUGUUUUGGGGACAUCCCUACUUUGUAAAACACCCUUUUAAGAACUAAAUAUGCCUUUUUUUAAAAAAAGUGCCAAAAUACUUAGUUCGUUGUCGACUUUCACCCUGUGUGGAGUUUUGUCUGACUGGAGUCAGAAAUCGUAAAUUUAAAAAAGUCAAUGAGA